AUGGCUUUUCAUGUCGAAGCUGCUAGAUUUGCUAGCUUAGUCCUGUUAAUUGACGACAAUGGGUUUAAUUCAAUUCUUAGAAAUGGGAGGUCAUUAUACAUCGAGGAAGAUGUUAUUGGAGCCGUGGUUGAUUUAAGCUCAAAGAAAAUGGAUGGAACUUCUGUUUCCAGUUCUGAGGAACUCAUUAAGGGAAACCCUAAUGAUAAUGAAAUGCCUAAACAACCAGUCACGCAAUAUCCAAGAUCAUCUCAAUCAAAAACUUAA